CCAUCGUCUAUCUGCGAUCCAGAGAAAGCUACGUAACCUAUGUGGCCACUGCCCGAGCUGUCCCUCUCCGCCUCCCUCGACAACCACUGCGCCGCCCGUACGCGCCGCUGCGCGGCUGCGGCACACCGCCACCAUCCCUCUGCCGCCCGAGGUAUAUAAGCAGCGGCGGGCGGCCUCCUCUCGAUCAAGCUCGCCGGCAGGGAAGAAACUGCAAAGGCACCGGGCGGCUGCGCAGCACGCAGCAGCUUCGCAACCGAUCGUCCGAUCCAGUCCAGCGACCUCGAUCACCGCCACAUGGAGGCACCGCUGCACCGGUCCCCCGCGCCGCUGCCUCCGCCGCCGGACGCGCUGCUGCUGCGGCAGCCGGCGGCGGCGGCUGGGCGGGAGCGGUGCCCGCGGUGCGCGUCGCGGGACACCAAGUUCUGCUACUACAACAACUACAACACGGCGCAGCCGCGGCACUUCUGCCGCGCGUGCCGCCGCUACUGGACGCUCGGGGGCUCCCUCCGCAACGUCCCCGUCGGGGGGUCCGCCCGCAAGCGCCCGAGGCCGGCGCGCCCCACCCGCGCCAUCGCCGCCGCCGUCGCCGCGGCUACGACGACGGCGCCGGCGCCCUCCGGCCCCUUCGCCGCCGCCUCCCAUGUGGCGGCUGCGUCGGCGCCGGCCCUGCAAGGCGGCGGCCUCCUCGGCUCGCUGCCGCUGCUCGCGCUCGGCGCGGCGCCGUUGCUCGAAGGCCGGCUCGGCUCCGACGACCUCGGCCUCGGGCAGCCGGCGCUGCUAGCCGCCGGCGCUGGCGACCUGGCCCAGCUCGCCUUCGGCGCGGGGCCGCUGCCGUGGCCCGUCGCGACGACGAUCCUGGAGGGCGAACGCGCGGAGGCGGCGUGGAAAUCCUGCGGCGCGUUCCCGCUCCCGCCGGCCGCCGCGCUGUGGCAGGAGCUCGUCGCGGCGGCGCCGCCCGCGGAGGCCGGCGGGCUGCCCCUGCAUCACGGCGGCUCGCCGCACCUGCUCUUGUGACACGUAUACAUUUGAGGCGUACUACGUCAAUGCAAGCUUCACGCGCAUGCAUGACGACAUCGAUCGAUCGACGAGCUCUCCGACGAUAAUCCUGUCACUGUGGUUGCCUAUGUUGUUCGUGCGCGCAUCGGUUGGCGCGUGGUGAUCCGUGCCGUUCGUGAUCGUGCGUUGCGUGACGUUGUUGUACUUCUUUUGGUACUCGAAAUGUUGACAAAUUAUGUAUUUUGUUAUUUUAUUUGUCCAAAGUUCAUUCUUUUAUGUGCUUUGUCUUGGAUUCGGCUACAAGACGGGGAUUCAUGCAUGCCUAAGAUCCAAAUAUG